UGUCUCCCGCCGUCAGCACGCACAGGCCGCAAGCGCGACACAAUAGCUUCUGUUAUCUUUUGCUUUUGCAGCAGCAGCCGGCGGUGGCGAGCAAGCCCGGUGGCUCCACUUUCCUGGGUCGGGGUCGUUAGAAUGGGGAAUCUGCUCCCGUCCCGCGAGCUAUUUCGCUCUGAGUGAUUGACAUGUGCCCGGGGUAGGGUAGGUUAGGGGGAUUGCCGGGAGUGGAGGAGCUCGAGGUCCGUCCCGCCCUCGUUGUAUCCGAUGAGCGGCGUUACAUUGUUAGAUUGUGUGCGCGCGGCGGGGCACGGGCGUGUAGAUGUAGCGGGUGGCGGCGCGUGGAGCCCGGGGUCCGGGCCAACAUUCUAAAGAUGGAAAGCUGCGACAUGCCUCCGCUCGAGAUGCAGCAGCAGCAAGAGGCUGCACCAUCGGAGCUCGUGGGAAAGCGCUUCCUCUGCAUCCUAAGCGGCUUCAACCAGGAGCUCCAACUCGGGCGAGUGUCUGAAUGGGACUGGAAGGCGGGCAUCAUCAGAGCCGUCUCCCACAAAGAUCCUUCGCACCCAAAUUUCUUGGUCUUUCUAGAAUUCGACGAAAGCUGGUGUCGGUGGAUGAAACUCCAUGAUGAGGAGCUCAGGGUCUUCCUGAUUGAGCACCAGUUAGUUUUGGCUGAAAGGAAAUCUCCAAGAGGAACUGCAGAUGAUGUGCAGUGGCCUGGACUGGUGUGGAAAUUUUUUAUGCUUUGA